AUGAGUGAUAGUAAAUACAUAACUCUAGUCUCCAGUGAUGGCUACGAGUUUGUAGUGCUUCGAGAGGCAGCUUUCAUCAGCCCUGCCAUCAAGAGCAUGCUGGAUCCCAAGAGUCAAUUUGCCGAGGCCAUAACCGGCAGAUGCGUCUUCCAGGAGAUCACUGGUAUGGUGCUAGAGAAGGUAGUCGAGUACUUCCACUACUGGUACAAGAACCGAGAGAAGGACAACGUUCCAGACAUGGAGGUCCCUGUCGAACUCUGUCUUGAACUGUUGAUGGCAGCGGAUUACUUGGGUCUUGACAGUAAGAAGAAGCGUUUUGCCCACCAUCCCCAGAGAACCAGCCAAGCUCAUCUACCUCCCUUUCCUACAGAACAAACGUAG